AUGGUCCACCAUACCAUCGAGGUGUCUGGCGAGGCCAAUCCGCUCAGCCCGCAAAAUGUCCUCAAUGCCCUGGUGCUUGCAGCAAGUGCCACCCAGCAGCAGGUGCAGACGGGCACCCAGCAGCUUCAGAACUGGGAAAAACAGCCCAUGUACUACUCCUUUCUCCAGGAUGUCUUUCUCGAUCACUCCGUGCCCAACGAAGUCCGAUAUCUCGCGAUCAUUCAGCUGAAGAAUGGGAUUGAUAAAUACUGGCGCAAGACGGCGGCACAUGCUAUUAAAAAGGAGGAAAAGGAGAAGAUCAAGACGCGGGCACUCGAAGCGGGAAUCGUUGAGCCGACCCAGCUGCUCGCCCUUCACAAUUCGUUGAUGAUUGCAAAGAUUAUGCGUUACGAGUUCCCUCAUGACUGGUAUGUCACCAAGUAUUUGGUGUUUACACUUCUGCUCACCCAGUUCAGGCCCGAUGCGAUGUCCUCGAUUAUUUCCUCCCUCCGGUCGUCCACUCAGCACGGCGCGAAUCCCCUACAACUGCCUCGAACUAUCCUCAUCCUAUUGCAGAUUAUCAAAGAGUUAUCGACGGCACGAAUCCAGAGAACUAGGGCAAACCUUCAGUCUGUCUCGCCAGAAAUAUUUCAUGUACUGGGAAGCAUCUACGUCGACAAAGUUAAUCAAUGGACCGCGAUCCUGGAACAAGGUGGUAUGGAUGAAAGCGGGUUGAUGGAGGCAGUGGAGCAAAGCCUGGUGUCUCUCAAGGUUAUUCGGCGACUGGUCAUUUCUGGCUAUGAACACCCGAGUCGAAACCAGGAAGUCAGGGACUUUUGGGUCCUUACCCAUUCGCACUUCAGCAAAUUCCUCUCCUUCGUCGAUGAAUCCGUCAACGUUCCGGAACUUGUCCACAGAGGAAUCGAGAAGCAUCUGUUGCAGAUGUCAAAGCUGCACGUCGAGAUGGCCAAAACCCACCCCGCGUCAUUUGCUCUGUUGCCAGACAGCAUUCCGCUUGUGAAUUCCUACUGGACAUUGGUUAUCAAGCUUGGCGAUAAGUACGACAGUCUCGGGGCCGACAGCGAGUCUGUCGGAAAGUCUUUGGUUGAGCGGACGGGUCUUCGAGCUCUGCUCUUGAUUCGAGCGUGUGCAAAAAUGGCCUUCAACCCAGCCCAGACAUUCAAGUAUCAGACACCACAGGACAAGGAGGAGCGAAAGCAGGCGGUGGAGCUGAUCAAGUCACAACUUUUCACGCAUGACUUUGUGGUUAAUGUCAUGGAACUUCUCGUCACCAAAUUCUUUCGAUUCCGUAAUAUCGACUUCCAAGAAUGGGAGGAGGAGCCGGAAGAGUGGGAGAAACGAGAGGAUGAAGUUUCCGACGCCUGGGAAUUUUCUGUUCGCUCCUGCUCGGAGAAACUUUUCCUUGAUCUUGUGAUCCAUUUCAGGGAUCUUCUCAUUCCCCGACUGCUGAGCGUGUUCUAUACCUUUGCCAGUCCCGAAAACCGCGAUGUGCUACUGAAAGAUUCGUUAUAUUCUGCAAUCGGCCUGGCCUCGGCCAGUCUGGAACAACACCUGGACUUCAAUGCUUUCCUGGAGCGAACGAUGGUUCCCGAAGUCCAAAUUCAAGACCAAGAGUAUAAAGUUAUUCGCCGGAGAGUUGCCAUCGUUCUUGGCCAGUGGGUUCCAGUGAAGCCAGGCGAAGUGAACAGGAACGCUACCUACCAAAUCUUCCAACACCUCCUCAACAAACAGGAUCCCUUGAACGACCUUGUGGUUCGGAUUACUGCCGGAAGGCAACUCCGCAAUGUUCUUGACCCCUACGAAUUCUCCCCGACGGAAUUCAUGCCGUUUGCGCCGACGAUUCUCGAAAAUCUCAUGGCUCUCGUUCAAGAGGUUGAGAGCACAGAUACAAAGAUGGGCUUGUUGGAAACUGUGCGUGUUGCAGUCGUGAAGCUCGAGGAUCAUAUCGCUCCCUUUUCCGAUCAGAUUCUCUCGUUGCUGCCACCCCUAUGGGAGAGCUCUGGUGAGGAACAUUUGAUGAAGCAGGCUAUUCUCACCCUUCUCUCGUCCCUGAUACGCGCGAUGAAGCAGGAGUCUGUGAGAUAUCACUCACUUAUUAUUCCUCUCAUUCAAAGCUCUGUAGAGCCCGGAUCGGAGACUCUCGUAUACCUACUGGAUGAGGCAUUGGACCUUUGGUCUGCCAUUGUCGCGCAGACCCCAGCACCGGCCUCUCCAGAGAUCAUUUCUCUCCUCCCAGCUCUCUUCCCGAUUCUCGAACAUGCAACCGACAGUGCCCCUCAAGCACUGCAGAUCAUUGAAUCUUACAUCCUCCUGGCACCUCAAGAGGUGCUCAGUGACCGCACCCGAUUCCACCUCCUAGCAUCCCUCGAAGCACUCUUGAAAUCAACCACAAAACAACGACUCGGAGUCGUACCGCGCCUAGUCGAAAUGAUGAUCCGUGGCGCCGAGACCGUCGAUGGCGGCAGUGAAGCUGCCUACAGCGUGAUCUCGCAAUCACUCGUCAACAGCUCAUUUCUCUCUUCUCUGCUAGAGGGUCUGCAUUCCGCUCACGAAGCCAGCCAAACUACAGGCCCGAACCGGAAGACCUCAUCUGUAGUCGGCAUCGUCGAAACAGACUACUUCUCUGUCCUGGCGCGUCUGGGUCUUGCCAACCCCUCCAUUUUCGCAUCUGCUGUCGCCACAGCUACCAACUCGUCCCAGGAACAGACUCUCUCCUGGCUUCUUGCCGAGUGGUUUCUGCACUACGACAAUAUCGGCAGCGUCACCCAGAAGAAACUGCACGCUCUUGCACUCACCCAGCUCCUUGCCCUUCAAGACCCCCCGUCAGCCACGGGUCCUCCUCCGCCCUACAUCCUCGCCCAUCUGCAGUCCUACCUGACUAUCUGGACAGAUAUCAUACUCGAGCUGUCAGAGGGCGGCACAGAUAGCAACGCCGAUUACCUCGUCUGCUGGAAUGCCCCUCCAGGGUCCGCCCACGCUCCGCCCGACAACCAGGUCUCCGAUGAGCCUGAGUCCCCUGAGGCCCGUCGUCGUCGCGACUGGGACGCCGCGGACGUGGUCCACCGCUUUGCCAUUCGCGAUUUCGUUCGCCACCGACUCCAAGAACUGAUUGUUUCCUGUGGUGGUGCCGAUCGGUUCCAGGAGGAGUGGUUGGUUAAUGUUGAUCGCGAGGUGGUGUCGGCGUUUGGUGCGCUGGGGUUGCUUUGA